UGACAAUGUCUGGACAAGGGCGGUGAGGGGUAUGGUCGAGACGGUGGAACGGACGAUAGACAGGCUUAGCAGCCUCAUACACCAAGGCCUGAGUAGCCAGGUGGGUGAUAUCGUUGCGCUGCUGAUCGUGCUGGUGGUAGUGCAGCCUGGCACGGCUAGAGAGAAGAUCUCCAUCAUCCAGGCAAAGCUGGAGCGGCUCAGAACAGUCCAUUCACAGAUGUAUCCUGUGUAUCCGUCGCUGCCCUUGCCCUCAUCGGCAGCAUCCCUCAAAACCACUGAUAAACGGCGCAACUUGCAAUCUAUCUACGGAGAGCCGUUGGCCUCUGACCGCUUCAUGAGGGCUGGACCGCUAGAACCUGCGUCACUCACCUGGGCGGACCUCCUGAUGCACUGGGAGAGCCGCGUUGCUGAGACGUAACCAAAAGAUCGAGCACUCUCUAGCUGCGUCCAUACGGUGUUGGUGAUGACACAAUCGGACAUUGUAUUCUCACCGAUCAGGCUUAUCAUUGUGGUCUCUGGAAGUAGUGAACUCGUACGGUGUCUUAAGUGGGGAUAGGGGGAGGUGAUGUUUGGGGAGACACCUUUGCCGGUCUUUCUUGUUUAGUAGCGCUGCAGGGUUGAAAAGACGAGGGGUGUAGAAGCAUAAAUAGUAGCCAGGGAAGAGAUAACUACACCUCUGCGUUCCGAUCCGAUU